AGUAAAACGUUAUUUUCUUGACAUUCCUGAAACAGUGGCCAUACCUAGUUGAUCUAGAAGUGACUUUCAUGUUGGUAGUACAUCAUGUUUUUCAGUUAAAGUGAACUUAUUUGGUACCUAUUGAUUUUAAAACAGUUGAUUUUUUUUGGGAGAAAUGUCGCCCCCAUUGUGGGUUAAGACUGGAUUCCAAAUAUGUAUUUUUGUCAGUUUCUUAUUAUUUGCAAUGCUAGCAAUAAGCACUGCUUUACUACACUUUCACUUGUCAAAACAACGAGAUGUACUUCUUGAAAAAAUAAACGAAACAGAAACUCAUGCUCAUGGAGAAAUCUAUCCCACACCUGAUGCUGUUCCAACCAUUGCACCUUUUCCCGUUAUUCCUACAAUGAGAAAUAGUAAAAAAGCUAAUACCAUCAUUCCAAAAGCUCCCGAUUUUCAUCCAUCUCAAUUCAAGCAUUCUGGUUUGGACCAAAGAGCAAAUCCUCAAACUGAUCCAGUUUCAUUUGAUGAGAACUCGGAUGUAUAUGCUUUUAAAAACGACGACGUCAGACUUAAUAUUGAUCCUCAGUUGGAAAGAGAAACUGUAUUUGGUGACAUGAGGAAAGAAAAUUGGCCUAAUUCAAUGAAAGCAAAAGAAGAGGAUCCAGUUGGUUCAGAAACUUCAUCCACCAAUAUCGAUUCACCCAUUGAAAGCGACCUGAGACCCAAUGAAAAGCCUGUUGAAAACCGCUCUAAUGUUCAGACCCAUUCAGAAGAUGAUUCUGAAUCAGAAAAUUUACCCAAGCAAGAAUCCAAUCCUUUUGCUGAUCCAACUCCAAAAUAUGAUCUCGAGUCCAAGUUGAAGACAAAUGCUACAGCGAUCUUUCCUAAUCAUGAUAUUGUUACCCGUUCUAGUAAUGAUUCUGAAAUUGAUUCAUUGAUUGAAAAAUCUGCAAAAGAUUCAGAACCUGAUAUGUCUGGUAAAAAUGAAACUCUUGGUAAUGAUGACUCUGAAAUGUCUUCAGCUGGUAAAGAAAUGCUCCCUGAUCUUGGUAAUGAUGAUUCUGAAAUGGCUUCAGCUGAUAAAGAAAUGGCCUCUGAUAUUGGUAAUGAUGACUCUGAAAUGGCUUCAGCUGGUAAAGAAAUGCUACCUGAUCUGCCUCCAACUGAUAUGCGGCCUCAUUCUGCGAAUACUGCUGGUUCUGAUCCCCCUGCCAUAGCUGAUGGAUCUGACUCUAAACAAGAACUGCAUGAACGGCUACCAACACCAUUUGCUGCUAAGGCACUAUCCAGUGCGGACAGAACUAUCAACAACAAUAAAAAGUUCCAUUCAAAGAUAAAUUCUCCUAGUAAAAAUGUGUUAAUGGAUUCCACGGGUUCUUUGUUGAAAAUUGCCAGAGACCUCAAUGCACACCAUAGUUCUAUCGAAGAAGCUGCCAAAAUCAUGCAGAGACUCAAAAGAUCUGUGCCUAUUUCACCAUCUUUUCAUAGGAACGGUGUAAAAAGUCGCAAAGAUGCUGCAUUCAACAGAUCAUAUCGCAAAUCCCAAUCACAUAGUGUUCCAGUUUUCAAGAAUGUUCUUAAAAGUAGCUUUGUUGGGUAUCCAGCCUUUUACGGUUUAUGGUCCAAAGGUAGCCAUACUCGUAAUCUUGUUCAGCAUAGAGAAUCCUUACACCAAUCUGAGGAAGACUUGACUGGUAAUAACAAUGCACAUCCAUUGUCAAUGACUGGCAUUUUGAAAGAAAUGAUGGCUUUGAAACGAAGUGGUGCAAAAAUAGGUAAACCUGAUGAAAACCAUCCAUUAUAUAGAAAAAAAUAUCGUCUUCAAUUUGCAAACCCAUUACCACAAGAAGCCACUACAAGUCCUUCAACAACAAUGUCUACAAUUACAACGGAAGCCAGUGAAAUUACAACAACAUCUAUGUCAACAAUGCAAGCUGGUGACACGACUUCGACAACCAUGUCGACAAUGAAACCUGGUGACAUAACCACGCUGCCUAGUGACAUGACCACAAUGUCUAUGUCAACAAUGAAACCUGGUGAUAUGACCACAAUGUCUAUGUCAACAAUGAUGCCCAGUGAUAUGAGCACAAUGUCUAUGUCAACAAUGAUGCCUGGUGACACAACCACCAUGUCUAUGUCAACAAUGAUGCCUGGUGACACAACCACCAUGUCUAUGUCAACAAUGACGCCUGGUGACAUGUCCACAAUGUCCCCCAUGACAACCACAUGCAGGGAUGAUGACCCUUCUGAAGAAAUUAUUGAUCCAGAAAGAGACCCCUCAGAGGAAAAUAUAGGACCAGAAGGAGACUAUGAAGAAGGUUCUGAAGAAUUUACUCAACCAGACAGAUACCCUUCGGAGGAAUCAGAUGAAGACUAUGGAGAAGGUGGUUCUUGCAAUGGUCCAGAGUGUGUUGAUUGCAGUGAUAUGAAUUUUCGCAAGCUACACAGUAAACUUUGCAGUAAAAAAGCAGCUCGGGAUACUUUGAAAGACGUUGAAGUUCCUAAAAGUGAAGAAAAACAUAUUUUGAAAAAAAUUGACGCUAUAGCAAAAAGAAAUGUUGGAUCAGUGAAUCGAAUUCAGAAAUCUGAACACGAGCAAGGAUCUAUGAAAUCAAAUCUUGAUUCAAGCUUAUUCAGUAUAUUGGCUCCGAGAAGAAAAAUUCUGCGUAACACUCUACAAGAUGAUGGCACCAUUGAUGCUGAAUAGGUAUUAUUAAAAUCAUGACAAUAUUGUCAGCUAUGCUGUAAUGUAACUAUCUAAAAAUUAGUUAGCAUAAAUUAUUUGUUGAAAGUAUCGUAUGUAUUUGCUGACAUUAUAGAUACAUAGAUAAGAGUAUGUAAUAAAAAUUUGUAAACUACAA